UUUCUCUCUUCAGCUGUUCCUUCACACCUCUCCAUUUGAGUUUGAAAAACAAUCUCUCUUGGUGUCCUCUUUUUUCUCAGGCUUUGUGGAAUUUAUUGAAACAAUAUGGAUAGAAGUUGGAUUACAAAGUCAAGAAUAACAACAGAAUACCAAAAUGGACUGCAAUACUUUUUGGACUAUGCUUUUCGCAACACAAGCAUGAACGAUAAGAUAUUAUGUCCAUGCAAACGUUGCGGAAUGGGUAUAUGCGUGUCUAGAGAUGAUGCAUUUGAACAUUUGACAGUAGAUGGAUUUAUUCCGGGGUACACCCAGUGGAUAGCUCAUGGAGAACUUCCUAGUAUUCUUUCAGCUAGGGGUGAAAAUCAACGUAAUACUUUGGGCGAUGAUGAUGUGCAAGGUUCAGUUCAUGAUGCCUUUGGAGUUCCAAAUGAAGAUAGAUAUACAGAAGAAUAUGCAGGACAAAUCAAGGGGAAGGAUAAACCCGAACAUUUAAGGAUGAUGGGUCAAGGAGUGUGCCCCUCGGAUAUAUUGAAUGGAACUCCUAAGAGUACAUCAAACCGUUUAAUAAUGGAGUACAAAGAAAAAAUUGCUCGUCUAGAGGCAAGGCUUGAAACACAACAAAAAAUUUGUGCUUCGCAAGUACACAAAGGGACAGAUGGGAGAGUUUCUGAGUCUCUCUCCUUAAAUGCUACUUCAACUCAAGUUGAUCAGGUUGGAACAUGUGUUUCUCUACGAAGUAUUCACACAAACAAAAUCGUUGCUAAAGGAUAUAUUAUUAGCAUCGAUCCAAAUACAAAAGUUGGAGGACAAGCCAUAGGACAUAAUUGGUGUGAAAUAUACGUCAAAGUUGUAGUUGAACCUCAAGAGCAAUUGAUCAAGCCCUACGACAACUUUCAAGAGUUGUCUCAAAUAGUUGGUCAUAUGGUUGCUUGGCCACGUUCUUUGGUGACACCUAUUGAGCACUGA